AUGACUAUUCAAUACACUCCUAAAGUCCAAGUCAACACUGACAAGGCAAGAUACACCGAGAAUGAACUGCUUACCGACUACACCUAUGAGAACACUAUAGUUGAAAAGCAAGCUGACGGUACUUACAACGUCACUCCAACUUCCCUGGACUUUGAGUUCAAGGUUGACUUGAAGACACCAAAGACGGGUUUGUUGCUGGUAGGUCUUGGUGGUAACAAUGGUACCACCUUGGUUGGUUCCGUGUUAGCCAACAAACACAAUAUAUCCUUUGAGACCAAGACGGGUAUUCAGCAGCCAAACUACUAUGGUUCUGUUACACAAGCUUCUACUGUUAAGUUGGGAAUUGACAGCAAUGGUAGAGAUGUCUACGCCCCUUUCAACUCUUUGUUACCAUUGGUUCACCCCAAUGACUUUGUAGUUGGAGGUUGGGAUAUCAGUGGCCUUGAUUUGGCCUCCUCUAUGAGAAGAUCUCAAGUCUUGCAACCAGACUUGGUCAGAAAGUUGGAGCCUUACAUGAAGGAUAUUGUUCCUCUGCCUUCUGUCUACUACCCAGAUUUCAUUGCUGCUAACCAGAACGAAAGAGCCGACAACUGUUUCAAUAGAGAAGGCAAAGAUGGAGAAGUUUCUACCAAGGGUAAAUGGUCCCACGUUGAGCGCAUUAGAAGUGACAUUGCCGAAUUCAAGCAGAAGAACGACUUGGACAAGGUUAUCGUCCUUUGGACUGCCAACACUGAGAGAUAUGCCGAGCUGAUCCCAGGUGUCAAUGACACCGCUGAGAACCUGAUCAAGGCUAUCAAAAACGACCAUGAGGAAGUCUCUGCUUCUACAAUUUUUGCUGUUGCUUGUAUUUUGGACAAGAUUCCUUACAUCAAUGGUUCCCCACAGAACACAUUCGUACCAGGAUGCAUCGAGUUGGCUGAAACCGAAGGUUCUUUCAUCGGUGGUGACGAUUUCAAAUCUGGACAGACCAAGCUCAAGUCUGUGCUGGCACAAUUCUUGGUAGAUGCUGGUAUUAGACCAGUCUCAAUCGCAUCUUACAACCAUCUUGGAAACAAUGACGGUUACAAUUUGAGUGCACCACAACAAUUCAGAUCCAAAGAAAUCUCCAAGGCUUCAGUCGUUGAUGACAUGAUCGAGAGUAACGAGAUUUUGUACAAUGAGAAGAACGGAAAUACCAUUGACCAUUGCAUUGUCAUCAAGUACAUGAAGGCCGUUGGUGACGACAAAGUUGCCAUGGAUGAAUACCAUUCCGAACUGAUGCUGGGUGGACACAACACCAUCUCUAUCCACAAUAUUUGCGAGGACUCACUACUGGCCACUCCAUUGAUCAUUGAUCUGGUUGUAAUGGCUGAAUUCCUUUCCAGAGUUUCUUACAAGAAGAAGGGUGAUGCUGAAUACGAAUCUCUACACUCAGUCCUCUCAUUCCUCAGUUAUUGGUUGAAGGCUCCACUGACUAGACCAGGAUACCAGGCUAUUAACGGAUUGAAUAAACAAAGGGCCGGAUUGGACAAUUUCUUGAGAAUGCUAAUUGGUCUUCCAACUCAGAAUGAGCUGAGAUUUGAGGAGAGAUUACAGUAG